UAUGUAUAGCUGAAUCACUUUGCUGCACACCUGAAACUAACAUAAAAUAAUUGUACUUCAAUUAAAAAAUUACUUUUUUUUUUUUUUUAGCAUUUUAGGGCUAGAAGUGAGAUUAAGUAUCAUCUCUUACAAUGUCCUUGCUUUACUAGUGAAGCCCAGAGACCCGUAUGAGACCACCCAGGUCCCUUGCUGUGUAGGAGACUACCCCUCCUGGCCUUGCUCAGGUCAGCUUACUUUACUGCCCCGGGCCUCCAUGUGUCCCAGGACAAGACAAGGAGAGAUGGAGCUCUGGUUCCAGAAGGGCAAUGAGUUGAUGAGAAUCCGUAUUUCCGGGGGCACAACUAAAUACUUCUUUGGUAGAUGAGCAAAGCCCAGGAUAACCAAGCCAGGAAGCUACAAUAUGCAAAUGAGUGGAUUGCGGCAUCCCCCCUGAUUGGCUAGAGGGGCCCUGAUGUCACAAUAGGUGGGGUUUCUCCAUUCUGAAGGAUUGUGCCUCCUGCCAAAAAAAAAAAAAAAGGAAAAAAAAAUUUUCACUGAAUUGGCUAGACCCUAACUCCCUCUCUUUGUCCAGACGGAGGCGGAACUAUGGAGCCCCUCUAUCAAUCCGGUUCCAUUCUUAUGAAGGUGAACACUUUACAAGGGAAGAAGAUGGUGGAGAGCGGCCUCCAGUCUGGGGACUUCUCGCUGCCCCCGUCGUGGUCCUCCAGCCUCCUGCCGCCGGCCGACCUAGAGAUCCUGCAGCAGAAGGUGGCCGGGAUGCAGCGAGAGCUGGAGGACUUCAAGAAGGAGGCGCUCAGGGCCAUCCGCUACCUGGAAGACGCCUUCUGCGAGAUGAACGGGGCCCUGGUGCAGCAGGAGGAGCAGGCGGCCCGCGUGAAGCAGCGGCUGCGGGAGGAGGAGGAUCGGGGCGUCGUGCGGAACAAGGUCCUCACCUUCCUGCUGCCCCGGGAGAAGCAGCUCCGGGAGCACUGCAAGCGGCUGGAGUUCCUGCUGCUGGGCCGGGGCCGCGACCCCCCGAGCAUCCCUGGGAAGACCCAGGCCAAAUGAGGCUCCUCCGCGACCAGCCGCCGGGCAGCCCAGUGGAAGACGCGUUUAGCUAGAAGGACACAUCCAGAGUCCUGGUCCGCUUGCUCCCCUCCCCCACCCCCUCUCUGCGGCUUUCCUUCUGCCUAAAUAACACCUUGCUGAGAGGCGAAAAGACCCGUUAUGUUCUUUCGGUGAAGCUCUGUCUAUUCAGCAGCACCCAAGAAAGAGGCGCCCCAACCCUAAGUCGUUGGAAGACACCUGUAAUUUCCCCCCCUUUAACGGCUUCCCUCUUUGUAAUGGUACUAUUGCUCAAAUGUGUAACAUGUUUUUUUUAACCUUCU